CAUCCUAAGUACCCCAAUUGCUCUCACCAUGCAUAAGCUCACGCCAAAGAUGAAGAGAGAACAGAUCCAAAUAUGUCUUUUCUUGGCCUUAAUCCUUAUUGCUUCUCAAUGUUAUCACUCCACAGCUAUGAGGAUGCACACUGCAGAAUCAGUUGCUUUCAAGCUCAAAUCUGCACAAGCAAGAAAAAGCUCAGCCACAGAAUUCAAGUCAUUCACUUGGAGCAAAUCAGGAAUUCAUGUCAGAGAAAAUGUUAAGAAGGUUCCUUCAGGACCCAACCCUAUUGGUAAUAAGCACCCACCAUCUGGUCAUAACUGAGAGGGGAAGUUAUCAAGUUCCAUCAUGCUCAGCAAGCAUAAAAUAUGGUGAAGAUUCAUUUUUGUUGGUGGAGUACUUGGUCAGAUAUCAUGUAGAACUAAUGUUUUCAUCAUGUCAUGCUUGCAGAAGGGUAUUUUCUAUUUUAGUCAUUCAUAUAAAGAGGCUUUUUGAUAUGAUCAGCUAGAAUACUAAUGUAUUGGCCACAUAGUCACGGACUCACAGUAAUUGAGUAUUUAUGUGGCAUCUUAAAAACUAGAAGGCCAUGGCAUGAGAUUUUUUGCAUGCUCAAAGGAUCUCAGACCGUAUGACAGGUGCUACUUGUUUA